AUGAUGAUCACUCUCUCUCGUCCUGCUCGCACUCUGCUUCUUGUCUCACUUUGCCUCUUCGUGUCCAUGCAGGUGGACGCUCUGCCGACCUCGCCCCACUCGUCGGGUUAUUCGCUCGACGGGGCCGCUGGCCACCGCGCCGCUGCCGUGUCCCGUCGUCAUCCGAGCACCGGCCCCAGCGCACUCGCGCGGAGAUCCGGCAACGGCCUGGACCUGAGCGUGCAGCUCGACCUGCCCAUCCUGGGCUCGAUGGGCGCACUCAACCUGGGCGGCCAGAUCGAUGGUUUCAUUCCUGGCAUGCCAUAUGGUGUCCGAUCAUCGCUUGGCGAGUCUUUGAAUCAUCGUCCCGGAGGAAGUGGAUUCGGCGAAUCACAAUACCCUCCGGCCAUGGCCAGUCAACCAUCGUUGGUACAAACGAGGAUACCUCCGAAGUACAAGAAUACGGGGGCUCCUGCGAACAGGAUCAAUGACAUAGAUCUUUGCACCCAGAACCCCAAUGCCCCAAGUUGCUGGUACUACUAUUAUUAG